AGUCAAAUUACCCGCAAGCGGAAGCCCAAUGGAGAAAGGGUAAAGUAGCAGACGACGCGAUUCCCCCCUUUCCCCGAUCCCUAUAUACCAGAUCUUUCCCUGCGCCUUCGCGUGGUCGUCCCCGCCAUCGAUCCUCCUCCACCAGCAUCUUCGCCUUGCCGGAUUCGUAAGCUUCCCCUUCUCUUGCGCUCUCGUGGGCGCGGGGGUCGCGUCGUCUCUUUCGGCGAAUCAAUCAGCAGCUCCUUGAAGCAGAAUCGGAGCGGGGAGGUCCCGUCGUCGCUGCGGCAGAAGAAUGUUCUGACGAAGAAAGAGGAAGGUGAACCAAAGUCUGGAAUUCAACCAUAGAGUCCAUUACAAGAAGAAAUUUGGGAGCUGCAGAAGUACAAUGGAGAUAUUUUUGCUGAAGGUACUGCUGGAUAGCAUCGCACAGUUCAGUCUUGUAUCUUCUAACAACAAUGUGAAACCUGAGCUGGUUCAAAGAUACUGUCAAAAAAUUGAUCAGAUCAUUGAGCAAUUUGAACCGGUGUGCAAUGAAAUUGCUGCUUCUAAGAUAACUUUGGAUGAGCAGCUAGUCAAGGUGUUGAAAGAACUAGAUUCUGCAGUAAAUGAAGCCAGAGAACUUGUCCUGAGCUGGUUCCCAAUGACGAGCAAAAUUUAUUUUGUGAGCAAAAUUUAUUUUGUUUUGCAAAUAGAAACAACUGUAACGAAGAUUUAUUCAUCUACUCUUGAAGUUUGUCAAUUGGUUGAAUCUCUGCUUCUGACUCCAGUAGCUAGUACUGCUCUAAAAAGCAUUGAGGGUUUUCAGCACAUGGAUGAGGAACCGAUAUCUGUUGUCAUUGAAAAGGCCAUAAGAGAUCAAACAGAAAAGGAUAUUCCUAGACCAGAGCAUUUGGAUAUGAUUUCAAACUUUCUGAGCUUGUCAUCUAAUCAAGAGUUGCUGAUGGAGGCUGUUGCACUUGAGAAGCUUAAAUUGAAAAUUGGCUGCAAUGUUACUCAGGCAGAACUGGAGAACAUUGAUCGUAUUAUUGCCCUCAUCACUUAUAUGCACGAUUGCCUUGUUAAAUCAAAGCAGUUGGAGAGCAUCAAUGGUGUGUCUAUUCCUGCUGAUUUUUGCUGCCCACUUUCUCUAGAACUGAUGUCUGACCCAGUCAUUGUGGCUUCCGGUCAAACAUAUGAGCGGGCUUUCAUCCGAAAAUGGCUUGAUCAAGGUUUCAAUGUUUGCCCUAGAACCCGUCAAACACUUGGGCACACCAACUUGAUUCCAAAUUACACUGUUAAGGCUUUAAUUGCCAACUGGUGUGAGUCAAAUAACAUUAAGCUUCCUGAUCCAAUGAAGUCCAUUAGUUUGAAUCUUCCUUCAUCAUUUCUCAAGCCCACAAAUGCAAGUGCUACUGAUUUAAUUGUCUCUCAUACUGGUGAUGCUACAAGGGUUGACCGUCCAAGAUCUCCAGAACCUUAUGUAGAAGUGACAACUUCCAAAAGGGAUGCACAUUCCUCUAAUGGCUUCCCCCAUGAGACUCCCCAUGAGACAUAUCUGCACGAUAAGUCUGUAUCUCCUCAUCAUCGUUCAUCCUCUGGUUCAUCACCUUUGCAACUUGCAAAUGGAUCACAGGCAAAUACUUCAAGAAUAUCACUUGUAACUACUGAAGGCAACAAGGAAUCUAGCAUGGAACAGAUGCAUGUAAGUUCUGGCAGCCAAACUGUCAACCAACCAAAACAGUAUUCAGAGCCUGGGCAAUUUCCAGGUCAUAACCGGACCGACUCUGCUUCUGAGGCUGUUUCAAAUAAUGAUCAUAUUGAAGGACCUGGGGAUGCUAACAUGGCCUCACAGGUUUCAAGUGAUCUAACACAUUACAGCAGUGAUACCUCAGGGGAACUUGCACAGGAUGCUCAAGCAUCCUCUGCUUCCCAAAGAGAACCUGACUUCCCACCAAGGUUGGUCGAUGCUCGUGCUAGAAGUCAAAGUAUGUUUCGGCGCCCAUCUGUCCCUCGUAUCAUUUCUUCUCAAUCCAUGGAUUCCAGGCCUGACCUAUCAGGUGUUGAAACCCAAGUUCGUAAACUGAUUGAGGAUUUGAAAAGUGAUUCUGGAGACGUGCAGAGAACUGCCACAGAAGAGCUACGUCUUCUUGCUAAGCACAGCAUGGAAAAUAGGAUUGUGAUUGCAAACUGUGGAGCUAUAAGCUUGUUGGUUGGCCUUCUUCGUUCAACAGACACCAAGACUCAAGAGCAUGCUGUAACAGCCCUGCUAAACUUGUCACUCAAUGACAACAAUAAGAUUGCCAUUGGAAAUGCAGAUUCCAUUGAUCCUCUUAUUCAUGUGCUUGAGACAGGCAACCCUGAAGCAAAAGAGAAUUCAGCUGCAACAUUAUAUAGCCUUUCAGUAAUUGAGGAAAACAAGGUUCGAAUUGGACGGUCUCGUGCUAUUGGACCUUUGGUAGAAUUAUUAGCAAAUGGGACUCCUCGAGGAAAGAAGGAUGCUGCAACAGCAUUAUUUAAUUUGUCAAUAUUUCAUGAGAACAAAUUACGAAUUGUGCAGGCUGGGGCUGUGAGACAUUUAGUAGAGCUGAUGGACCCAGCAGCUGGUAUGGUUGAUAAGGCUGUGGCUGUUUUAUCAAACCUUGCAACUAUUCCAGAAGGGAGAACUGCGAUUGGUCAAGCUGGUGGCAUUCCAGUACUUGUGGAGGUUGUUGAAUUGGGGUCUGCACGAGGAAAAGAAAAUGCUGCUGCUGCUUUGCUUCAUCUGUGUACCAAUAGUGGUAGAUUUUGUAGUCUAGUUCUUCAAGAAGGUGCUGUGCCCCCAUUGGUGGCAUUAUCACAGUCUGGCACGCCGCGAGCUAAAGAGAAGGCUCAGGCGCUUUUAAGCUAUUUCCGGAACCAACGGCAUGGAAAUGCUGGUAGGAGAUGAUCUUCAGCCAGCUUCAGGUUUCUCAUUUUUAUGUAAUUAAGAGUUUGGUUCUCUUAGAUACUUUUUUAAGUUUGAUGCAUCGGCUGUAACUAUGCAACUGUCAAGUUUCCACGCAUUUUAAUGCAUAAGAGAUUUAUUGUGGUGUUGUACAAAACAGACUAAUGUUGUACAGUAUUCAUUGCUAUCAGUUGAUUCUUUUCUCGUUGUGAUGUUGUAGCGGA